AAAUGCGCUGCUAUUACAAUCAUAACGGUACAGCUGAACGCACUCUGCAGUCACCUCAUCUCUCCAAGGGGAAAAAAAAGGAAAGCUAAAAUAAUAAACAACUACUAAUGGAAAUGUGUCAUCCCGACAAUACUGUCAAAUCAUCAGCCCGAUAUUGCCUGUCCUAGCUUCCACGCGGUCUAUAAGACUGUGAUUGAAAGCGGGUCUCUGCAGCUUUAGCUACAUCGAUCCUCAAUUGUUUUCUCUCGAAAAGCUGCUUUUCUACAUCCAAGGUUGGUUGCCCCGUGACCUGCCAGGAAAACUGGAACGCGGUUGGCUGAGCCCCGCGUCAUUCCUGAAGGGCGAGUGACUCGGGAGAACCCGAUUGGUUUACACCCUGUCAGACUGGGCGGGGCCGGGGCACGGUGGUCGGCUGUACAUUGACUCUGAAGAGUCGCUGGUGAAUCUGUAUUUAACAGCAGCGCUCGGUUUGGAUUGGAGUUGAAAGAUACAUGAUUUUUCUGUGAAGAGUUCGCAUUGAAGGUCGGUGAGACGCUGCGGAGAGCAGGAAAACAACAUUCACGGGGCAAGGACACUCGUGACCGAGUCUUGACCCUGAAGUGAGGGUAUUAAAGGUGCAGUCAUACCUGAUGGAGUUGGAAGUUUCUAUAAUGGAGGCAGUUAGCUCAAAAGAUGUUUCUGGAAUGGAGUGUGUCCACAUUAAAGAGGAGGCUCCUGAAAUUAAACCUGUCUGCAUUGAAGAGGAGGUCACAGAGCCAGGUCCUGUCUGCAUUGAAGAGGAGGUCACAGAGCCUGGUCCUGUCUGCAUUGAAGAGGAGGUCACAGAGCCUGGUCCUGUCUGCAUUGAAGAGGAGGUCACAGAGCCUGGUCCUGUCUGCAUUGAAGAGGAGACCCCUGAACUGGUCCCUGUCCAUGUGAAAGGCUAUAAAGACACUUGUAGUAAAAAUGUGGGGACUCCUCUGGAAGACACCACCCAGCUAGAAGAGAGGAGUAUGUCUUCCACUGCCAGUGCUGCAUGGUUUCAGAAACAAGAGGAGGAAUCCUGUCCGUGUCCCUGCUGUGAAAUGUCGUUUCCUAGGAAAGAAGAUCUUGAGAAGCAUUUUAAGACGCACCACAGAGAAAAUGUUAGUUUAUCAAGAACAGUCAAUGCCACAAAUACUUCAGUGCAGCCUAAGAAACAUCUUGCUUCCCGUUCAGACCCAGCGUUGAGCCAUUGGACUGAAUGUGAACAGAGUUCAACGACAAUGAACAAGUCAAACCGAACCACCGAACAGAACCCAUAUCCGUGCAGUGAAUGUGGCAAGAGUUUCACUAUGAUGGGAACCCUAAAAGCACACCAGCGAGUUCACAGAGAAAAGCCCACCCAUCCGUGCACUGAAUGUGGCAAGAGUUUCAGGGAUUCGACUAAACUCAAGAUACAUCAGAGGACUCACACAGGAGAGUCCCCAUAUCACUGCACUUUAUGUGAGAAGAGUUUCAAAGAAUCUGGAACGCUUACAAAACACCAGCGAACUCACACAGGAGAGACUCCCUAUCACUGCACUGUCUGUGACAAAACGUUCAGUAUCUUAGGAACCCUUAAAAGACACCAACGGAUUCACACUGGAGAGACACCCUAUCACUGUGGUGUAUGUGGAAGGAAUUUCAGGGCCUCAGGAAGUCUUACAACACAUCGGCGCGUUCACACAGGAGAGACCCCAUACCACUGCACUGUAUGUGAGAAAAGUUUCAGUCAGUUAGGAACUCUUAAGAAACACCAGAGAAUUCACACAGGAGAGACGCCCUACCACUGCACUGUGUGUGGAAAAACAUUCAGCAUUUCAGAAACACUUAAAAAACACCAGAGAAUUCACACAGGAGAGACGCCGUUUCACUGCACUGUAUGCGGGAAGGGAUUCAGAGAGUCUGGAAGUCUUAAAAAACACAAGCGAAUUCACACAGGCGAGACACCCUAUCACUGUACUGAAUGUGGAAAGAGCUUCAAGGAGUCUGGGAAGCUGAAAAUCCACCAGCGAUCUCACACAGGAGAGACCCCUUACCACUGCACUGUCUGUGGGAAGAGUUUCAGUUUGUCUGGAACUCUUAAGAUACACCAGCGUGUUCACACAGGAGAGACCCCGUAUCACUGUCCUGAUUGUGGGAAGAGCUUUAGUCGGACCGGAGCCCUUAAAAAACACCAGAGGACUCACACAGGGGAGACGCCUUACCUCUGUUCUGUCUGUGGGAAAGGAUUCAGGGAGUCUGGAAGUCUUAAAAGACACCAGCGUAUCCACACAGGAGAAAUGCCAUAUCACUGUACUGUAUGUAAGAAGAAUUUCAGUGAACUGGGAAAUCUUAAAAAACACCAGAGAAUUCACACAGGUGAGACCCCCUAUCACUGUACAGAAUGUGGAAAGAGAUUUGUGUACUCUGGCCAGCUGAAAACUCAUGCAUGUAAAGUUGAAAACAAUACCAUUUAAAUAAUCCUUCCUUUCAUUAUUACAUAAUAGAAAACAAAACAAAUUUAAUGUUUGCAUAUAUAUAGGAGGAAAAGUUGACCAUGGCAAGACUUUGUUUUCUUGAAGUCGUGCAAUUGUAAUCCUAGCACUGUGUGGUCUUGCAUUGUCCUGCUGGAAAAUCGACACUUCCAGAUUGGCUUGCAGGAACGGCAGGACUUCAUCAAUGUAUCACUGAGCAGUAAGGUUGCCCUCCAUCUGCACCAGAGGCGUUCUUGUGUUAAAGGAGAUUCCUAACCACAUCAUCACACUUCCACCGGUUGUCUUGAGCAACGCAACAGUCAGCGUAACGCUCACCACGACGUCUUCACACACGUUGUCUUCCGUCAGGUCUGUCAAGGGCAAAACGACAUUCAUCGAUGAAUAAAACACUCCACCGCUCUCUCUGCAGCCACCUCAGCUGUUCUCUGGCCCACAGAAGACGGCGAUUUUGUCUCUCUGCUGUCAACAUGUUACCCCUGAACGGCAUCCGAGCAUGCAAAUCAUUUUCAUGCAGACGGCGAGCUACAGUCAUUCUGCUGAUGCGCAGGUUAUUUCUUCCUGGAAUUUCUCAUGCUGUAGCCACUGCAGUCUGAAAAUGAUCACACAGACGGAUCAGUCAGAUGUGACGGUCCUGGGGCGGUGUGGUGACCCUCUGCCUUCCAGGACGUGGCCUGUCUCUCACAGAGCCGGUUUCCUGGUUUCUCUGGACUAGUCUGCUGAUUGUUGAAGCAGAACAUCUCAUUCUCCAGGCAACUUCUCUCCCAGACAGGCCACCUUCAAUCAUGCCGAUAGCGACCAGGCAAUCUUCAUUACUCAAGUGAGGCAUGGUCGUGUCUUUCGCUGUUCUUGCAUUAAUUGAAAUCAUGUCUUUUCGAAUGGCUAUUUAUACAGAUUCUUAAUCAACUCAUUUUGGCAAUUUUAACUUAACUCAAAUACCAAACACUGAGCACCUGGUGUUUUUAUGAAAUCACAUGACUUGAGCUCAAUAUUUUGUUAUCCCAAGGAAAAAUACUACUCAAACAAUCAACAAACCUCUCUGCUCACUAUUUAAAAUGUAAAUAACAGUAUGUAUGUGCCCAAUGAGCUAUUGAUGUCAAACUUAGACUGUGUUGUGUUUUCACUAUGCAUCUAUAUAUAUAUAUAUAUGUGUAUGUAUGUGUGUAUAUAUAUAUAUAUAAUAUAUUGGGCUGACACCUGGCAGACUUCAUCUUGUGUGUAAUAGUAACAGAUACCUGAGGACAAAUUUAAAGAAACAAGGUAAAGGCAACCGUCCAAACAAAGCUGAAGCACUAACAGAUAACGACUCAGAACGUCUGUACAGAACUGAAACACGAACGCAGAACGUCUGUACAGCGCUGAAACACGAACGCAGAACGUCUGUACAGCGCUGAAACACGAACGCAGAACGUCUGUACAGCGCUGAAACACGAACGCAGAACGUCUGUACAGCGCUGAAACACGAACGCAGAACGUCUGUACAGCGCUGAAACACGAACGCAGAACGUCUGUACAGCGCUGAAACACGAACGCAGAACGUCUGUACAGCGCUGAAACACGAACGCAGAACGUCUGUACAGCGCUGAAACACGAACGCAGAACGUCUGUACAGCGCUGAAACACGAACGCAGAACGUCUGUACAGAACCGAAACACGAACGCAGAACGUCUGUACAGAACCGAAACACGAACGCAGAACGUCUGUACAGAACUGAAACACGAACGCAGAACGUCUGUACAGGACCGAAACACGAACGCAGAACGUCUGUACAGGACUGAAACACGAACGCAGAACGUCUGUACAGCGCCGAAACACUAACGUAGAACGUCUGUACAGAACAGAAACACGAACGCAGAACGUCUGUACAGAACAGAAACACGAACGCAGAACGUCUGUACAGAACUGAAACACGAACGCAGAACGUCUGUACAGGACCGAAAAACGAACGCAGAACGUCUGUACAGGACUGAAACACGAACGCAGAACGUCUGUACAGCGCCGAAACACUAACGCAGAACGUCUGUACAGCGCCGAAACACGAACGCAGAACGUCUGUACAGAACCGAAACACGAACGCAGAACGUCUGUACAGAACCGAAACACGAACGCAGAACGUCUGUACAGAACCGAAACACGAACUCAGAACGUCUGUACAGAACCGAAACACGAACUCAGAAUGUCUGUACGGAACCGAAACACUAACGUAGAACGUCUGUACAGAACCGAAACACUAACGUAGAACGUCUGUACAGCGCCGAAACACUAACGUAGAACGUCUGUACAGCGCUGAAACACUAAUGCAGAACGUCUGUACAGCGCUGAAACACUAACGCAGAACGUCUGUACAGCGCAGAAACACUAACGCAGAACGUCUGUACAGAACUGAAACACUAACGCAGAACGUCUGUACAGCACUGAAACACUAACGCAGAACGUCUGUACAGCGCUGAAACACGAACGCAGAACGUCUGUACAGCGCUGAAACACGAACGCAGAACGUCUGUACAGCGCUGAAACACGAACGCAGAACGUCUGUACAGCGCUGAAACACUAACGCAGAACGUCUGUACAGCGCUGAAACACUAACGCAGAACGUCUGUACAGCACUGAAACACUAACUCAGAACGUCUGUACAGAACUGAAACACUAAGUUUAAUAAACCCUACUGCACUGCUGAACCUCAUCUUCAAUACUGGCAUCUAAAUUCACUCGUAAUUUGAACAACACCCAUUUUAUUGUUGUUUUUUUUCGUUUUUUUUUUAUAGAUACUAAUAUCCAUGUAUUAAAAAAUAACAGAUGGGCCUCUUCAGUAAGUUACAGGAAAACAAUUCCAUCUCGGUGUUCUGUGACAGUUUAUAAACUCAACGGUCUUGUAGUUUGUGAUGUCACAGAAACCCUAGAUGGAAUUAUUUGUCUGUAACUCACUGAAGCCCAUCUAUUAUUUUUUAUAAUAUAUAUGUAUAUGUAUUCAUUGCAUUAAACUGUAUUAAGCAGUGUGGAGUAGUGGUUAGGGCUCUGGACUCUUGACAGACGGGUCGUGGGUUCAAUCCCAGGUGGGGGACACUGCUGCUGUACCCUUGAGCAAGGUAAUUUACCUAGAUUGCUCCAGUAAAAAAACAACUGUAUGAAUGGGUAAUUGUAUGUAAAUAUAAUGUGAUAUCUUGUAACAAUUGUAAAUCGCCCUGGAUUAGGGUGUCUGCUAAGACAUAAAUAAUAUUAAUAAACUGAGGGAUGCAAGUCAUUAGUUAUGAUUAGUUUGUUUUUUAUAUCAACUCUUCCAGCUAUUUU